GGGUGUAACUAUAGAGGAAGCGGACCAGUAUAGGGGACACUAAAUUGAUUUUAAUGUGGGGCCUAGUAAAUGCUAGUGAUUUGUUCCCUGGCUUUAUUCAAGGCAUGAACUGGUGCAAGAAACCCCACUUUGUAGUGUUAUCACGUGACUAUGUCUCAUAAUGACCCCUCCCCCCACACAAAUGCUUCCAAAUGUUGUGAGUACCAUGAGUGCUGCCAUGCAGUUGGUCAGACUCAGCCAGCACGAGACUAUAGUGAGCAAAAUGUUUCCCAGGAAUUGGUGAAAGUGCUGACUGUUUACAGCUACACAGUAACAUACAGGCACAGGCAGCUCUCGUGUAAUGAAAAUAGCACUUGAGGUAAAUGAAUCCAGCUUGACAGAAGACUACAAUUCCCGGCACACCAUACAUCUGUCACGCCCAUUCCGGAAACCAGAAGAGUUCCCAGCAUGCCGCGCUUCUUGGCGCUACUUCCGGUGUCCCUGGCAGUGCAGGCAACAUGCCGAUGAAAGGCAGGUUCCCGAUUCGCAGGACGUUACAGUAUCUACAGGCCGGGGAGAUCGUGUUCAAGAACAACGUGAAAAUAAUGACGGUCAAUUAUAACACCCACGGGGAGCACGGAGAGGGGGCGAGGAAGUUUGUGUUUUUCAAUAUCCCUCAGAUCCAAUACCAGAAUCCUUGGGUCCAGAUAAUGAUGUUCAAGAAUAUGACUCCAUCCCCUUUCCUAAGGUUUUAUUUAGAUAGUGGAGAGCAGGUUCUGGUUGACAUCGAUGACAAAAGCAACACAGAAAUUUCACAGCAUGUGAAGAAAAUCUUGGGGAAGAAAGAGGAGACACUGAAGGCCGAAGAACAAGCGAAAAUGGUGAAGUCCAAUCCGGCCAACUUUGGUCUAAGGAAGUACCACCUGCGAGAGUGUAUAUGUGAAGUAGAGGGACAGGUGCCGUGCCCUUCAAAAAUCCCACUGCCAAAGGAAAUGACUGGCAAAUACAAAGCUCAACAGAAGGAGAGGACUGAGGAGUGAACCUCACUAUUGUGGACACUGCACAGCCAAUCAGGAGCCGGGCAGUUCCGGCAUUGUGAGACCCUGCGCUGCCACGUUGUGUUUUGUGGUGAUAACAACCAAGAUCACAGGGCUACACAGAGGCAGUUGUGUGAGGGGAGCACAGACGCUCUGACACAAUUAGGACGGAUUAUUUCUUGUUAACAUAAAUAAAGCCGGAUGGGAACGGCGCUAACAAGGAGACGCAACACGACGUCACAUGACAAAGAGGGGUUUGUUUAUUGGCUAUUUAUACAUUUCCAGUCUUUAGUUGUUGUAUUAAAACUGACCUAGGACAGAGUCUUUCCAGCCACGGAUCUGCAGCUGUUGCUGAACUACAACUUCCAGCCCAGGCCAUAACCAAAAACCCAUAAAUGAUAUUAGCACCACUAGUUGUGCCGCACAUCAGCUCGAAUUAGUACAGAGAGAGGCAAAAACGGCUGCCACUAGGGUUAGUGACGGACAAACUGCACUUGAUGAUCUUGGACUACUGACUCCCAGCAUCCCUCCAACAGACAAAAUACAGUUUUCUUAUGCGGAGAGAUUGAAUUGAACAUCUCAAAGGAACAGUAACAUCACUAAAAAUUAAUUAAAGUAAUAAAAAUAUAAUGCGGUGUUGU